AUGGCGAGCCCCGCGAAAAAGCGGAAGCUGAACAAGGACAACAAGCAAUCGGCAAUACCUUCCAGAGGCUUGGAGUACUUCUUUGCCAAGCAGAACAAGAAUGGAUAUACUUCAAAUGCAAACACCGACCAAGAGACAGCGGGUGCAACGGAGGGAGAUCAUGAGAUGACGGACGAGGCACUGGCCAUGAAGCUGCAGGCCGAGUGGGACGCGGAAGUCGCAGCGGAACGACGGAACGACCAAGCGCUGCAGCAGACGGAGAGCGCAAAGUCUCAUGCGGAUGCUGUUGCUACCGACAAUACAUGUGGCAUUCAAGAUACUGGGCAGAUAGAAGUUCCAAAGAAAUCUGCUUCACCAGUGUCACUUCCAGCCGAGCCAAAGGGCAAGAGCACGCUCUCGCUACAGUCCGUGGCUGCUUCAGUAGACACAGUAUCGGAAUCCAUCCCGAUGGACCAGAGCCCUCUGACAUUUGAUCCAAGUGCAUUCGUGUCUCAGCUGAAAGAACACUGGGCUAGCGAGGAUGGCAGUGCUUCAUAUGCACUACUGACACGGUGUUUCGUCCUAGUGAGCAGCACCUCAAGUCGGAUCAAGAUCGUGGACACGUUGGUCAACUGCCUCCGCAUCAUCAUUGAAGCUGAUCCCGAGAGCCUGCUCCCCGCGGUGUGGUUGGCUACAAACUCCAUUUCGCCGCCCUACAUCUCCCUCGAAUUGGGACUAGGAGGGUCGGCCAUCUCAAAGGCGCUCAAGCAGGUGUGCGGGCUGGACAAUCGCUCGCUCAAGGCCAUUUACGACAAGUAUGGCGAUGCAGGCGAUGUGGCGUUUGAGGCCAAGAAGAAGCAGAGCUUUACUCUCCGAAAGCCCAAGCCGCUUACCAUCAAGGGCGUAUACCAGGCUCUAGUAAAGAUUGCAAGCAGCCAGGGCCAGGGCAGUGCCGAGACCAAGCAGCGGAUCGUCGAUCGACUGCUACAUGAUGCGCGGGGUGGUGAGGAGAGUCGCUUUAUCGUACGGACUCUAUGUCAACACUUAAGAAUCGGCGCAGUAAAGACGACCAUGCUCAUCGCCCUGUCUCGAGCUUUUCUCUUGUCGCGCCCCCCAGGCGCAGACUUUGAGCUCAAGUCCACCGAGGAGCUGUCAAAAUUGAAGAAGGAGGAACUCGCCGAGGUUUGGGGUCGAGCCGAAGAGAUUGUCAAGGCAUGCUUUGCACGAAGACCAAACUACAGCGACUUGAUCCCAGUCAUGCUCGAGAUUGGCGUUUGCGAUGAGCUUCUUUUGCGCUGCGGACUGACAUUGCACAUCCCGCUACGACCCAUGCUGGGAAGCAUCACAAGGGAUUUGUCAGAGAUGCUCACCAAACUUCAAGGCCGGGACUUUGCCUGUGAGUUCAAGUACGACGGUCAGAGAGCGCAAGUCCACUGCGAUGAAAAAGGCAAAGUUUCCAUCUUCUCACGGCAUCUUGAAGUCAUGACAGACAAAUAUCCAGACCUCGUGGAUCUCGUUCCGAAAAUCCGCGGCGAAGGUGUGAGCAGCUUCAUCAUGGAGGGCGAAGUGGUAGCCGUAGAUCGGCAAACCGGUGAACUCAAAACCUUUCAAACAUUAACGAAUCGAGCGAGGAAAGACGUGGCUAUUGGAAGCAUCACUAUAGACGUCUGCUUGUUUGCAUUUGACUUGAUGUACCUCAACGGGCAGCCUCUGUUAGACCGAUCAUUUCGUGAACGAAGAGACAUGCUGAAAUCUCUGUUUACCGAGAUCCCCCACCACUUCACCUGGGUCAAGAAUCUGGAUGCCACGUCUCAAGACUCGGACGCUGUCCUCGACUUCUUUAAACAAGCAACCGACAUCAAAUGCGAGGGUAUCAUGGUCAAGAUCCUGGACAAUUUACAUGACCUGCCCGCGCCCGCUCAUGUUGACUCCAACCAGGAUACAACGUCGGAGAACACACCCACGGCCAAGUCCAAAGGCAAAGCAAAUUCCACAGCCUCGGAGAAGAAAACUCGGCGGAAGCCGCUACUUGCUACGUAUGAGCCAGACAAACGCCUUGACUCAUGGCUCAAGGUCAAAAAAGACUACAGCGCCUCCUUUGAUACCCUAGAUCUCGUUCCCAUUGCUGGGUGGCAUGGUCAAGGGCGGAAAGCCAAGUGGUGGUCUCCUAUCUUGCUGGCAUGUCGCAAUGAGGAGACGGGCCAGCUUGAGGCUGUUUGCAAGUGCAUAAGUGGGUUCACAGACGCAUUUUACAAGGCCAACAAGGCGCACUAUGACGAUGGUUCAGGCGAACCAGAUGCGGACGAUAGGAAUGAGCAAGAUGAUGAGCAGGUCGAUGAGGAAGCCAACCGAGACGCUGAGGAUGUGGAGAAAAGGUACAAGAACAUCCGCAGGACGAAACCAAGCUUUGUAGAGUACAAUGGGCACCCAGAUGUGUGGUUCGAGCCACAAGAAGUGUGGGAGAUGGCUUUCGCUGAUAUUACACUUUCGCCUACCUACACCGCGGCGAUUGGACUGGUUAGUCAGGAUAGAGGCUUGAGCAUGCGUUUCCCUAGAUUCUUAAAGAAGAGGGACGAUAAAGGUAUAGAUGAAGCGAGUACUAGUGAGUUUCUUGCAGGGCUUUGGAGGAAGCAAGAAGCAAAAGCACCGCCUCCACCGAUAAAAGAGGAUGAUGAGGACGAAGAUGAUGGCUAG